AUGGCUUCCGAGUUGAAAGCGUUUCUUCUUCUUUUAACUUUUUUGUGUAUUUUUGGGUACUCCGAGGCACGAUCUUUCGUUAUAGAUUACGAAAACAACUGUUUUCUCAAGGAUGGCAAACCCUUUCGUUACAUUUCUGGAUGCUUCCACUAUUUUAGGGUUCCUCGUUUCUACUGGAAAGACAGGCUCAUGAAAAUGAAAGCAGGCGGUUUAAACUCAGUCCAAACUUACGUCGCUUGGAAUAUUCAUGAACCGGUUCAUGGCCAGUACAACUUUGAAGGCGAUGCAGAUCUUGUGAGCUUUAUAGAACUCGCUAACAUCGUUGGACUGUUGGUGAUUCUCAGACCCGGACCUUAUAUUUGUGCCGAGUGGGAGUUUGGCGGCUAUCCUUCAUGGUUGUUGAUGAAGAACUCAUCAAUUUCUUUAAGAACCAUGGACAACAAGCAAUACCUAUCGUAUGCAGAGUCCUGGCUGAGCGUGCUUUUGCCCAAAAUGAAGCCAUUGCUGUACUCUAAUGGGGGACCAAUCAUAUCUGUGCAAGUGGAGAAUGAGUAUGGCUGGAGGUAUGAAAAAAACCUCAGUUAUUUGUAUUUUCUUGAAGAGUUGUCUCGUAAAUACCUUGGCUAUGAUGUUGUUCUUUUUUCAAACAAUGGAGCUUCGGAGUCUGCAGUCAAGGCCGGCACUAUCCCUUCUCUGUAUCCCACUUUAGACUUCGGACCUGGAACCGAUUUAGAUGAAGCAUUUUCAUUUGUGCGGGAGUUAAAACCAAGGGGACCCCUGGUAGUUAGCGAGUAUUAUCCAGGGUGGCUGGAUCAGUGGAGUAUACCCCACCAAACCAAAGCUGCAGAGGAUGUGGCCAAGACUUUUGACAAAAUGCUGGCAAUGAAUGUAUCUGUGAACUUUUACAUGUACAUGGGAGGUACUAACUUUGGUUUCCUGAAUGGAGGAGGGUCAACACCGCGCAUUACAAGCUAUGAUUAUGAUGCACCCUUGACAGAAGCUGGGGAUACAACCACCAAGUUUCACAUUCUGCGAGAGACAAUUGCCAAGUAUGAGAAAAUACCUGAGAUUCCCAUCCCACCAAACACCACAAAGUUUGCAUAUGGUAAAGUUCAAAUGACACAGCUUUCAACCUUCCUUGAUGCUGCACCAAAGCUUUCUGCUCCCCAUGGCCCUGUGUAUUCAGCUUUUCCUUUGACUAUGGAACAAAUUGGUCAAAGCUAUGGAUUCAUUCUUUACCGAACACAAAUUCCUGCAGAGUUUGCUCAGUCAGCUGUUGUCUUGAAUAUCACUAACUUAGCUCGUGACCGAGCCAUUGUGUAUGUUGGAAAACUUCGCCAAGCUACAAUGUACCAUAACCCUAAAGAUCAGACUGCAUUUCUUAUCAUUGGGAAUGAGUUGCAGCUUGAUAUUUUGGUGGAAAAUAUGGGAAGAGCCAACGGUGGUAUUGCUGACCCUAAAGGGAUCAUUGGCAAUGUUACAAUAAAUGGUGCCGUUCUAAUCAACUGGAAGAUAUAUCCUAUAAACUUAGACAAUCUCUUUUCAGCUUCAGAUGCACUUGAUUAUCUUCCCAAGCCUGAGAAAAACGGUAAAAAGGUAUUUACCACAGAUAAUAGCUUUGCACCUACUUUGUUCUAUGGAGAAUUUCCUGUAAAUUCCUCUUACGACACAUUUCUUCACCUGCCUGGAUGGAGUAAAGGGCAAGCGUUUGUAAAUGGCUUUAAUUUGGGUCGUUACUGGCCUGUGAUUGGUCCACAAGUCACAUUGUUUGUACCAGCAAAUGUGAUAUCACUCAAGCAGAAAACCGCCAGCGUUGUGAUACUGGAGUUGGAUGGUGCUCCCUGUGAAUAUCCUGAAACUUGUUUUGUUGAGCUUGUGACAACUCCUAUUUUAAAUGGGACUGUACAUCCUAUAGAUGGUGAAUUCAGUGUGAACAGUAUUAAAAAUGGUAAAUUUCAUUGAAACCUUUUUCUUUAUUUCCACAUAAAGAUUGAACUAUACACAAGAAAUUUUGUAAAAUAAAUUGUUUUGGUUAGUCUAUUGACUCUGUGUAGAAAAGUUUAUCCCAUCCAUGACAAAGAGAUUUCUCGUUCCUUUUCUUUGUCCUGAUUUAAGGCUAAGCUCUGCUAGCAUGAUAUUGAAAAACUGUUUUUGCAAUAUUUUCAGGUGUGUUUUGUUCUGGUUGUAUUUUGGAAUCAUCAUCAUCAUCAUCAUCAUUAUUUUCUUAACAUCAUCAUCAUCUGUACUCUAAAUUAGUGUUCUUAAUAGUUGGUAGAAUAGCAUAAGGGGUCUGAGUGCUCUGGCCAAAUUGAAAAAUGAAUACAUUACAUAAACAUUUUUUAGACUGUAAUUUUGAAAAUGAACAUUUUAUUAUUAGCAGAAAUUAUUAGAAAUUACUGAUUUGUUAUCUCUUUUCUGAAGUUUUUAUCAUUUUUGUUUGUGUUUUUUUGUACUUUUUAAUAUUUUAUAUUUGUAUCUGGACCACAAUGGAAACUACUGGAAUUUCCAGUAAUUGUGUUAUCUAUUAAAGUCCUUUAUAUUAUUAUUGUUAUUUGCAUCACUUUCAAAAAUCAUGUUACUGAGGAUGUGCUGUGUUUUGAAAAUUCUUGUGCUGUAUGCUAUUUCUUGAAUUUGUUCAACUAUUUUGUUUUGUCUUAUAUUUCUUUACAUUCUUUUGCAGUAAUGGUUAGUUUGUAUAGUUAGUAGUAUAAAAUAAUAAUUCCACAAUUAUUGUGGAAUUCACGCUGUCACUUGUGUAAACAUCCAAUAAAAUUUAUUACUGUGAAACUCACAGUAAUAAAUUAAAAUGUGCUUGUCCCACGGACAAGUCAUGUCAAAGGCUUACACGUCUGGACUAAAUUUCUACCUGCCCCGGACAAAUAAAUCAGACAUAGGUUUUGCUGCACCGUGUUUUAGUCCUAAAUAUUUUUCAUGUUAUGUUUUGAUGACCUUUUUUUUCUAAAAGAAAGUGAAAAACAAGAAGUCAGGUGGCUUGUUUACAGAAACAUGAACAUGCCAACUACAGGAAUAUCAAUGGCUUGAAUGACUUUGCACAUGCUAAAAACCAUGCUGGAAAUAAACUUCUGCUAACAGUGUUAUCAUCCCAGUUGUUUAUUAUUUUGAAAAUAGACAAUUAGAGGCCAUCAAGAACAGUUGACUUUACCACUGACUUAUUAUUAUCAUGAUAAUAAAAUCUUAUAAAAAGCUGCCUUCAAAACUUUAGUGAAAUACUUUCAUAAAAAGAAAACGUCAAUAUCAGUACAAAAUUCCGGCAAAACCCCUCUGCAAUUCAAAAUUCCAAGAAAUCACAUAGAGUUAUAAAAAAUCAAGUCAAAUGUCCCAGUCGAUGACAAAACAAAAAUCAGAUAAGUUUCUGAUCAAUGUAGCCAGCGAACCGCAGACGUAUUUUCGUGCUCUCGCAGGCUAUAAUCAAUGAGGCGAGAUAUAAAUCUUUUGCUGUUCAUUUCCGAUUUCCCGAUGAGAAGACGUAACUAAAGACUAAGAGAUCGAUUAAAAAAAACAUUUAAAAAUAAGGAAACACAUCAAUAGUCCUAUUCAGAAUGGCUCUCUUAAAAACUUCGACGUCACGAAUUGAAGUUUUUGCUGUAAAGUAUAACAUAUAUAAUAAAGUAGGAGUGUCUUGGGGCAUGCUCCCUGGUGAAGAUUUAAAUAUUUAAAUUUUCAAAGCCUUGAUUCUGGCUCUGACUAUUUGCAUUUUUACAGAUCCCCCAAACUCAUAUGGAAUAUUUUUUGGUGACCCGCUUUUCUUAAUUUUUUUUUUGUUAAACACCACCAGAAGAAAGAUGUAAGGUGGGUCAUUUUGACUUCAAAUAUUUGGAAAAGGCGGUAUUCUGAUCCCUCAAACCUUGAUCCAUUCUCCGGAGAAAAUCAUGAGAAGUACAGAAGUGUAACCGGUUUUAAUAUCUCGUUAUUUGAAGGUACACUUCAUGUUGGUAAAACACACGUUUGGUUCAAAAUUGCAAACACUAGGCAUGCGCUACCCCUUCCAGUCUGCAGACCGAUUUCGCACAGAAACGGGUGGUCGUUUCGCGUUUACAUCAGCUGUUACAUGAUACCGUUGCGAGAUUUCGUACCGGACUGAAAUUCUCGCCCCGGUAGAAGAACCAAGGUAAACUCACGCCGGGGUGACUCGCGCCGGCAUGACAUUUUGUGGUGGUAUCAUGUAAACAAAUAUAGUGCCAUGAGAGGGAACCGGAGUGAACUCGCUCCGGGGCGAAAGCCGCCCCGGUGUCAUGUAAACACACACGUAGCCAGCAGUUGAGAAUCAGCGAUAACACAUUUCGAUUUUGAUCUUUUUAUUCUAGAACAAUGAACUUUCAAAACAAAGGGGAUGUGACAAUGCACAUUGAUUACUCAUCAUCGGAUAUUGUUAUGCAAUCGUGUACUUGUGAUUUUGUAAAGUAGGCGUGUGUGAGGCGUGACUGGGGGCUCGUCAAAGCUAUUUCGAGAAAGGUUGUCGGAAAAAAUGUGCACGCGAUAAUCCCGAAAGGUAAUAUGGGAUAAGAUCAAUACGGCGUUCCUGACACUGUAGCUGUCGAAUCUACCUUUUGUUGCUUUCCUUUAGCAGUCGCAAACAUACGUCCAUGAUCUCUAGUGCCAUUCUUUCAAAUUUCUUUGAAGAGCAGUGACCUUUCGGGAUUGUCGCGUGCACUUUUUCCGACAACGUUUCUCGAAAUAGCAGUAAACGAAGUACAAACAGGCAGUAAUCAUUGGGUGAUAACAGGCACCCCAGGUAGCCGAAGCUCGAAAUAUGAGCAUCGGCAUUGUUGCGUAACAUUCAAAAUAUAAGGAUUUGUGUGGGAAAAUAAAAACCUAUCGUUUCUGUAACCUACGAAAAUGAAAGGAUUUCAAUAAAAAACAGCUUACCUUACUUAAAAUGUGUGUUACGUCUCUCCUGUGUACUCCACGGGCCGAAUUAUGGCCGUCUUAUGGGUUUUUAUGUAAACGGUUUUCUCCCUCUAUAUAAGGUUUAUCAGGAGCCGAUUAAUCGGCUCCUGUGUUUAUAUAAGGUUUAUAUAAGGUUUGAAAUCCUUUCAUUUUCGUAGGUUACAGAAACGAUAGGUUUUUUUCCCAUACAAAUCCUUAUAUUUUGAAUGUUACGCAACAAUGCCGAUGCUCGCCGAUGCUCAUAUUUCGAGCUUGGGCUACCUGUGCAGGCACUGGGUUUGAGGAGGUGAUAGAUCAUGUUUCACAGUGUUUUGAUGGUAUCAACGAGAUUUCCGGAGGGCAUGAGAAGGGGCCCUUGUACAAAGAAAACUGAAAAUCUAAUAAUUCUCACUGGGGAAAACACACACAAAAGCUUAGCAUUGAGGUACUUCCCAAAAUUCUUGGCAUGGCCCAGGGAAAUACACUGUAUUCUCUUAUGCAUUUAGGCUCAUUUGACUUUGUGCGUGGGUUUUCCGGGUGAGAAGUAUAUUUCAAUACAAUUUGGCGCGUCAUACAACUCAUGUGACGUCCUUGUGAUACAUUCAAUAUUGCCGGCAGGAGCUCAUCAAAUGUCGGAAAUCGCGCAUAUCUUGGAUGGACAAGACGAAUGUGUUUUAAAACACACGUAAAGAGCUCAGCAAAAUGGCUACAGUGUCGAGACUGCUGAUUUUUGUGUUAAUUUUCUUGUGUGCUCUCAAGUACUCCGAGUCAAGAUCUUUUGUUAUAGAUUACGAGAACAACUGCUUUCUCAAAGAUGGUAAACCCUUUCGAUACAUCGCUGGAUGCCUUCACUAUUUCAGGGUUCCUCGUUUCUACUGGAAAGACAGGCUCAUGAAAAUGAAAGCAGGCGGCUUAAACUCAGUCCAAACUUACGUCGCUUGGAAUAUUCAUGAACCGGUUCAUGGCCAAUACAACUUCGAAGGCGAUGCAGAUCUUGAGAGUUUUAUAGAACUCGCUAACAGCGUUGGACUGUUGGUGAUUCUCAGACCCGGUCCUUAUAUUUGUGCCGAGUGGGAGUUUGGCGGCUAUCCGUCAUGGUUGUUGAUGAAGAACUCAUCGAUUUCUUUAAGAACCAUGGACAAUAAGCAAUACCUAUCGUAUGUAGAGUCCUGGCUAAGGGUGCUUUUCCUCAAAAUGAAGCCAUUGCUGUACUCUAAUGGGGGACCAAUCAUAUCUGUGCAAGUGGAGAAUGAGUAUGGCUGGAGGCAUGAAAGAAACCUUGGUUAUUUGUAUUUUCUUGAAGAGUUGUCUCGUAAAUACCUUGGCAAUGAUGUUAUUCUUUUUUCAAACAAUGCAGCUGUUGGGUAUGCAGUCAAGACCGGCACUAUCCCUUCUCUGUAUCCCACUCUAGACUUCGGAUCUGGAACCAAUUUAGAUAAUGCAUUUGCAUUGGUGCGGGAGUUAAAACCUAGGGGACCCCUGGUAGUGAGUGAGUAUUAUCCAGGGAUGAUGGAUAAGUGGAGUGUACCUCACCAAAUCAGAUCUGCAGAGGUUAUCGCAGAGACGUUUGACAAAAUGCUGGCAAUGAAUGUAUCUGUGGCCUUUUACAUGUACAUGGGAGGAACAAACUUUGGUUUCAUGAAUGGUGGAGGGUCACCACCGCGCAUUACAAGCUAUGAUUAUGAUGCACCCUUGACAGAAGCUGGGGAUACAACUACAAAAUUUCAUGUCCUGCGAGAGACAAUUGCCAAGUAUGAGAAAAUACCCGAGAUUCCCAUCCCACCAAACACCACAAAGUUUGCUUAUGGUAAAGUUCAAAUGACCCAACUUUCAACCUUCCUUGAUGCUGCACCAAAGCUUUCUGCUCCCCAUGGCCCUGUGUAUUCAGCUUUUCCUUUGACUAUGGAACAAAUUGGUCAAAGCUAUGGAUUCAUUCUUUACCGAACACAAAUUCCUGUGGAGUUUGCUCGGUCAACUGUUGUCUUGAAUAUCACAAACUUAGCUCGUGACCGAGCCAUUGUGUAUGUGGGAAAAAUUCGCCAAGCUACAAUGUACUAUAACCGUAAAGAUCAGACUGCAUUUCUUAUCAUUGGGAAUGAGUUGCAACUUGAUAUUUUGGUGGAAAAUAUGGGAAGAGCCAAUGGUGGUUAUGCUGACCCUAAAGGAAUCAUUGGCAAUGUUUCAAUAAAUGGUGCAGUUCUUGUCAACUGGAAGAUAUAUCCUAUAAACUUAGACAAUCUCUUUUCAGCUUCAGAUGCACUUGGCUAUCUUCCCAAGCCUGUCAGAAACAGAAGAGAGGUAUUUACCACAGAUAAUAGCUUUGCACCAACUUUGUUCUAUGGAGAAUUUCCUGUAAAUAGCUCAUACGACACGUUUCUUCACCUGCCUGGAUGGAGUAAAGGGCAAGCGUUUGUAAAUGGCUUUAAUUUGGGUCGUUACUGGCCUGUGAUUGGUCCACAAGUCACAUUGUUUGUACCAGCAAAUGUGAUAUCCCUCAAGCAGAAAACUGCCAGUGUUGUGAUAUUGGAGUUGGAUGGUGCUCCUUGUGAAUAUCCUGAAACUUGUUUUGUUGAGUUUGUGACAACUCCUAUUUUAAAUGGGAUUGUACAUCCUAUAGAUGGUGAAUUCAGUGUGAACACUAUAAAAGAUGGUAGAUUUCAUUGAAACUUUUUAAAUUUCCACAUAAAGAUUGUACCAUACUGAAGAAUUUUUUUUUACUUUUUCUUUUUCCUGAUUUUCUCUAAACUAUGUUAGCAUGAUAUUGAAAAACUGUUUUGGCAAUAUUUUUAGUUUCUUUUUGUUCUGUUUGUAUUAUGCAAACAUCAUCAUCAUCAUCAUUGUUAUCUUCAUCAUCAUUACUCUAAUUUAGUGUUAUUAACAGUUGGUAGAAUAACAUACAGUUAACUCUCUCAUAAGCGGCUACCCUUGCUGCACGACAAAGUGAUCGCUUUUGGGAGGAGGUUGUCUAUGGGAAAAAUAGUCAAAAAUAUAAGCUGAAACUGAACUGAUUAAAAUAAUUAGAUAAAGUUAUUUCCUUUAUAGCUAUAACUUAAGCAAAUAGACAACUUACAAUAAUCUUGUAGAUUGCUGAAAGAGUGCUUGGAACUGUUAAAACUUUGUAUAUAGAACAUUUUGCAUCAAUGUUACAAUCCACUCUUUUGCCUAUAGAUUCUAGUACAGCUGUCUUUUUUGUAAUUAAGUCAACUGCUAUAAUCUGUCAGGACACUUGGUCAGAGCUACCAAAAACUGAACUUUUGUGACAUUCGGGCAAUUCUUACAAGCAUACGUGAUCAUGUGGGGUGGUUGGGCUUUUCUCGUGGUCAUGUCUUAGACAGGAUCAUCAAUCCAAAAACCUAGAAAUAUUUAAAUCGGUCACUGUUCUUAUUGAGUCAUUGCUUUUGGUUUUAAUAAAUUAUUUACUGUCAUUAUAUACUGCUGGAUCUUGAUUGUAAACGAUUGCAUAAGUUUUAACUGCAUUUAGAUGUAGUCCGACAUUUGUAGCUGCAUUCUCUACACUUAAUAGCACUAUGUGUUUCAUCAAUCUGGCUGAGGUCAUUGAGCAUCAACGCUUAAUGUCAUCAGCAAAGUCUAUAUCGCUAACUGUGAUUGGUGGGUGUCAUCUGCUCUCUCUUGGUUCAACUGUAAAGCUGGCAGGAUUGCCGGCUUUUAAUCUUUGCCUCAUUGCAUGGUCAAGGACAUUAUUGUAAAGAGGUAUAGGGCAAGAGUGUUCCCCUGAAAAACCUCCGCUAUGAUUUCAAACCCAUCUGUUUCUCCAUCUGGCGACAAGACAUGUGCCUGAGUGUUCUCAUACAUAUUAACAAUUGUGUUCACAUGUUCAUCAGAUAUGCCAUAUGCCUUGAGGAUACGCAGCAUUUUACCACGAUGAAUACUGUUGAACAUCCGAUAAAAGGUUACAAAUAAAAAUGUUCAGUAUCUCAAUUUCUACGAAAGCCCUAUUCAAUCAAGCAAGUUUUCUUGACAAAUUUUUCCGGGCAAGAAAAAAUGCUUAGUGUGUAAACACAGCUUUGCUAUGUAUGAUUACUUUUAUGGGGUAGUGGAGGAGGAAGGCUGGUGGGAUUUGAAGGGCAUUCCUGUGAUAUAAAGUGAUCCCACUAUUUAGUCCUAAAUAUCUUUGAUGUUAUGUUGUGAUGACCUUUUUUUAUAUUUUAAGAAGAAAGUGAAAACGUCAGGUCAAUAUUCGUGUAGUUGGCUUGUUUACAGGAACAUGAACAAGCCAACUACAGGAAUAUCAAUGGCUUGAAUGAAUAUGCAGAUGUCAAAAAUUAUGCUGGAAAGAAACCUCUGCCAACAGUGUUAUCAUCCCAGUUAUUUAUUAUUUUAAAAAUAGACAAUUAGAGGCCAUCAAGAACAGUUGUUGACUUUACCACUGAUUGAAGUUUUUGCUGAAAAGGAUAAUAAAGUAGGAGUGUCAUGGGGCAUGCUCGCUAGUGAAACUUUGAACCUUUAAAUUUUCAUUCAUUUUACAGAUACCCCAAACGUAUAUGGAGUAUUUUGGUGACCCGCUUUUCUUAGUUUUUUUAUUUGUUAAACACCACCAGAGAAAGAUGCAAGGUGUGUCAUUUUGACUAAAAGGCAGAACUCAAGAGGUAUUUUGAUUAUUCACGUACACUCGCUUCAAACGACUUUCAUUGGGUCAGGGAUUUCUUUGCCCUACCAGCCCCCGGCCCCGCUAGCCUCUCUUCCCUGAUGAAAAAACGGUAAAAGAACCCCUUAUCUGACAGGGCCGUUGAGGUGGGCGUGUCUAAGGCGUGACCGGGGGCACGUCAGUAUAGGUGUUAAAAUGGACGAUAACAGGCCUGGGUUAGAGGCUACUGCGAACGUGAGAUACCAUGUUUCAUAGUGUUAUGACUGAAUCGACGAGAUUUCCGGAGGGCAUGAGAUGGGGCUCGUAGAACAAAACUGAGAAUCAACACGCUUUGGCGGGUGUACAACUCAUGUGACCGACUCGUGACAUUAUUGAGUGUCGGAAAUUAUGCAUAUAUUAGAGGAACAAAAUGAUUGUGUUUUAGAACACGCAAAGAGCUCAGCAAGAUGGCUACAGUGUCGGGACUGCUGAUUGUUGUGUUAAUUUUCUUGUGUGCUCUCCGGUACUCCGAGUCAAGAUCUUUUGUUAUAGAUUACGAGAACAACUGCUUUCUCAAAGAUGGUAAACCCUUUCGUUACAUCGCUGGGUGCUUUCACUAUUUCAGGGUUCCUCGCGUGUACUGGAAAGACAGGCUCAUGAAAAUGAAAGCAGGCGGUUUAAACUCAGUCCAAACUUACGUUGCUUGGAAUAUUCACGAACCAGUUCAUGGCCAGUACAACUUCAAAGGCGAUGCAGAUCUUGUGAGCUUUAUAGAACUCGCUAACAGCAUUGGACUUCUAGUGAUUCUCAGACCCGGACCUUAUAUUUGCGCUGAGUGGGAAAAUGGCGGGUAUCCAUCAUGGUUAUUGAUGAAGAACUCAUCGAUUUCCUUAAGAACCAUGGACAACAAGCAAUACCUAUCGUAUGCAGAGUCCUGGCUGAGCGUGCUAUUGCCCAUGAUGAAGCCAUUGCUGUACUCAAAUGGGGGACCAAUCAUAUCAGUCCAAGUUGAAAAUGAGUAUGGGUAUUACAGGGCAUGUGAUCUGAACUAUUUGAAGUUUCUUGAAGAGUUGUUUCGUAAAUACCUUGGUAGUAAUGUUAUUCUUUUUUCAAACAAUGGCGCCCGUGAGUCUUUAUUAAAGUGUGGUACUAUCCCUUCCCUGUAUCCCACUUUGGACAUUGGCGCUGGAAGUAAUUUAGAUAGGGCAUCUGCAGCAAAGCGGAAGUUUGCCCCCAGGGGACCUUUGGUAGUCACUGAGUAUUACCCAGGGUGGUUGGAUCACUGGAGUGUACCUCACCAAACCAGAUCUGCACAGAAAGUUGAUCAGACUUUUGACAAAAUGCUGGCAAUGAAUGUAUCUGUAGUCUUUUACAUGUACAUGGGAGGUACUAACUUUGGUUUCAUGAAUGGUGGAAGAUACCAUCAAACUUUACUGACGAGCAUUACGAGUUAUGAUUAUGAUGCACCUUUGACAGAAGCUGGUGAUACAACUACAAAAUUUCAUGUCCUGCGAGAGACAAUUGCCAAGUACGAGAAGAUACCUGAGAUUCCCAUCCCACCAAACACUACAAAGUUUGCAUAUGGUAAAGUUCAAAUGACACAACUUUCAACCUUUCUUGAUGCUGUGCCAAAUCUUUCUGCUCCCCAAGGCCCUGUAAAUUCAACCUUUCCUUUAACCAUGGAACAAAUUGGACAAAGCUAUGGAUUCAUUCUUUACCAAACACAAAUUCCUGCAGAGUUUGCUCAGUCAACAGUUGUCUUGAAUAUCACUAGCUUAGCACGUGACCGAGCCAUUGUGUAUGUGGGAAAAAUUCGUCAAGCUACAAUGUACCGUGAUCCUAAAGAUCAGACUGCAUCUCUCAUCAUUCAGAAUGAGUUGCAGCUUGAUAUUUUGGUGGAAAAUAUGGGAAGAGCCAAUCAAGGUUACGCUGAGCCUAAAGGGAUCGUUGGUAAUGUUACAAUAAAUGGUGCAGUUCUGAUCAAUUGGAAGAUAUAUCCUAUAAACUUAGAUAGUCUCUUUUCAGCUACAGAUGGCUAUCUUAACAUUGAGCAACACCAAAAGGGGUUAUUUACUAACAGCUUUGCACCUACAUUUUUUCAUGGGGAAUUCUUUGUAAAUUCCUCAUAUGACACAUUUCUUCACCUGCCUGGAUGGAGUAAAGGGCAAGCGUUUGUAAAUGGCUUUAAUUUGGGACGUUACUGGCCCGUGAUUGGUCCACAAGUCACAUUGUUUGUACCAGCAAAUGUGAUAUCACUCAAGCAGAAAACUGCCAGUGUUGUGUUAUUGGAGUUGGAUGGUGCUCCCUGUGAAUCUCCUGAAACUUGUUUUGUUGAGUUUGUGACAACUCCUAUUUUAAAUGGGACUGUACAUCCUAUAGUAGAUGGUGAAUUCAGUGUGAACACUUUAAAAACUGAGAAAUUUCAUUGA